GUCAGGCUGAUAUUUAAGCCUUAGGGUUCAUCUAAGCUUUUCUAAUUCACAGUUGUCUAAAAUGAACUUAUCUUAUUAAUAAAAAAGUGAAAAGUUUUAUUUCCCCACAUUUGUAAAGAGAACAGUAAUGUGAGAUUUCUUACAAAAUGGGAGUUAGAAAUGAGUUUUAUGUCAUUAUGGGUUUAGACAACUAUGUUGUUCAGGAGUGACUAUAGCUUACAGUUUUAAAUUUCCAUUUAUGCCUUGUGCUGCACACUGGAAAUAGUUGCAUAAAUCCCUUUGGCAGUCAGGUCAAAUUUGACACCAGAAACAGAGACCAGCAGCCUCUGAGUGGGGACGAUCUAGGAACCAUCAGACAAAGUGGAGGAAAGAAAAAAAAAACAACAAACCAACUCACCGAAAACCAUCUCGCAGAGAGGAAAAGGAUGAACACCAAAGGAAACCCCAAGCAUCAGUACCAAGAAGGCAAACCCCAGCCCUCAUCAGAAGCUGUGAAGGCAGAGCAAGCCGGCAGGUGGACUCCGAAAGCCCUCGUAGGAGGAGAGCCUCUUCCUGUGGCGGCCACACACCAGCACAGCCCGUACAGGAGCUGCUUCUUCUCCUUCUUCUUCUCCUUCUCCUCUCCGUGGCCGCCCGUGCCCCGCGCUGCCCGGCCGGGCGAGAUGAAGUGGAGGAGGAUCGCCGUCCUUGCCAGCCUGCAGGCACAGCUCCCAGCCACAGAUGCUGCAUCAGUUCUUGGCCUCACAGAUCCCAGGCUCUGCUACGUGCUGGAUGGAUUCCUCUUCAUUUAUGCAGUGGUCAUUACAGCCCUUUUUGUGAAGGCAAAGCUCAGCCAGGCCUCUGAACCACAGCUACGACCAGGCCAGGAUGACGUGUACAAUAAACUCUCCCGCACGCAGAGAGACGAUUACGAUGUUCUGGGAGGGAGGCGCGGCGCAGACCCCGAGCUGGGCGGGAGACACCAGCAGAGGAGAAAGAAUCCUCAGGACACGGUCUACACUUCACUGCAGAAGGACAAGAUGGGCGAGGCAUACAGUGAGAUUGGAAUGAAGGGAGAGCAGCAGAGGCGGCGAGGCAAAGGGAAUGAAGGCCUCUACCAGGGACUCAGUGCAGCAACCAAGGACACUUAUGAUGCUCUCCAAAUGCAGCCUUUGCCCCCCCGCUAAGGGGGAGCCUCAGAGGGGAUGGGCAGGAGUGAGAGAUGCCCACCUGCUUUGGGGAGGAGAGGGGGGAAAGCCUUUUUCAUCCAGCACAAGCACUGUGCGUUUUCUGUGUGCAAGAACCUCCGUGGGCUGGUGCCCACGAAUCUGGACCCGGCCCUUUCCUUCUCCCUCUCCUCCUGAAUCAUGUAACUGCUUCUGCUGUUAGAAUGUACAUAUCUGUAAAGUUGUUUCCAAUUAUAGUGGGUAUUAGGCUGAUAUUUUUUUUUGUAAAGUUUGUGUUGUGGGACCAGACCACACCCUGUAACAAACACAGCUAUUUCCACAGCUCCUCCUUGUCUUCCAGAGUAUUAAGACAUGGAAUUAUGGCUUUAUUGCAUUUAAACAAUUUGCAAAGAUAGGGCUGUAUUUACUUCCUUUAGUAUUUAUCUUAAGACUAUUUCACCCUUUUUGCUUUAAAUUUGCCUUUAAAAAAUUGCUUCAGUGGAGGGCAACUUUUUUUCUGUAAUUAUAAAGAGUGACAUGAUGUUACAGUAGUGAAGCAGAGAGGCUGAAUGCCAACCUUCCAGUAGGAAGAAAAUGAGCACCAACAUUCCAAAAAGAUCAAGCAAUGGCACUGCCACUCAUCCAUAAAUAUGAGCCAGGUAAGCUGAGUGAGAGACUUCUUUGAAGGCAGAAAAACAAAGAAAACAAGGAGAUGGGUUCCCCUGUUAUCACUUCCAGACAACAACCUGUACAACAACCAACAUAAACGCAGUUUCCAAAGCAGUCUCUCAUAGGGCUGCCUCUAAAAGGUGCAGGUGUCAUUCCAAAGAGGUGCCAGUUCACUAGUGUUGUGUGUUUUUGAUGAAUUAAUAAGACAGUGUCACAGGCCCGUGUGUGUGUGUAGGGAGCAGCAGUGGGAACAGCACGAGCUCCUUACCUGAGGCAUUCAGGCCAGCUGAACCCAGGGAAGCUGAGGGCAGGAUUCCAACAGGAGCUCCUACACACAUCCCAGAAGCUGGGAUGGGCUGUUGGGAAAUGCCCAAACCCAGGAUCAAAGGGACACUCACCUCCUGCUGCUACAGCCUGAGUUUUGCCUGCGCCUUGCAAGGCUGCACAGUGAAGCCUGAAGGAAUUCAGCAGGAGCAAAUCCAGCCCAGCACAAUCAGGGGUGCUGCACCUCGCCUCAGGAGCUGACCAGGCCAUCUCUGCAUUCCUCACAGAAGAAGGAGAGCUAAGGCUGAGCUGUGGGAACAAGAGCUGCUGCUCUGGGUGCUGCCCAGAUGAGGUUAUGUCUUCUUUCCAGGGACUGGGUGGGUUAGCAGCAGAAAAACUUGCUGAAAUGGGUGCUAUGCAAGUUCAAAGGUGGUUUUACUUCUUUAGCAGUAAAACUGUACCUGAAGUAGGUGCUUGUAGCUUUUAAGGAAUAUUUGCAAUAAAUUAAAGCAAAAAAAAAAGUAAACUGAGACAUGUUAAUGAAUGUUUCUCACAAAAAAAAUUUCCUAGAUCCUUUACUGUUCACUGCAGUGACAAGAAAAAUUGAGAGAAGUGGGUGAUAACUGGGACAGCUGAGCUGAAAAUUACAGUAAAGUUAUGCUGCAAAGCACUCGAUGCAAGAACAAAGAGUGCUGAAAACAGCUUUCUCUUUUUAAAUCACCGCAUCUGCAAGAUGCAGAAAUCACAGCGUUUGGCAGCAUGAAAUACCAACCACCAAACAAUAGGAAUGAAAUUCUUUGGGAGGGAAAAAAGUCACCUUUAUGCUCUUUAUAUAUCAAUGGAUACCUUGAUUUCCAAAAGCACCCAACGCUGGUUUUGGGGCCACUCACCGUGCGGUUGAGCUGAGUCUCCUCUUUGCCUUCAUGAAGCGACUGAAGCUGUUUCUGCUUUUAGGAGAGGAGCUGAUAAAUACAGAAUUAGAACAAAAGCUUCAAGCAGAGUGCAUAAAACCCGGGCUCUCCUGCAGUUUGACAAGACAGAGGGCACCACAGAUCAAUCUUCUGGCCCAGUUUGAUGCAUGGAGGAAGGGGAAUUACCUCCCUCCGACACAUUUAAAAACUACAAACAAGGGCAUACAUGUUAAAACACUUGGAAAAUGGUUUAAUGAUGUUUACAACAGAAAUGAACUGUACAAUUACAGUAAGUUUAAUAUAUAUAAAAAAUUACAGCAGACAAAUGCAUCUACACAAAAUCUACCUUUUCAUUCUGAUUUACUGUAAUCUACACAAUCUCUCAAUGCCCACAGCUAUCUGUAGGCAACCACUGGGAAAAUAAUAAUAAUAAUAUAAUAAUAAUAAUAAAGGACAUCUUUAAAGAGACAGCAUUUCGCCUUCCUCCUCACCCUUAGUGUGAUCAGCAAGGUUUUGAAAUGUGUGGGACUCUCACAUUUCAGUCUCAAGAAAAGCUUGGGUUGCGUUUGGGUAGGGUACUCCCAUAAUGGCCCUUGAUUUCAAGUGUUCUGCUGACCUCAAGUGUAAAAACGCAGCGUAUGAGGAAGGGUAAGAGAAAAAAAAACCUCCCAGCCAGUGUAAGCAGGCAGUUGCACAGAGCAGUGAAACCAUUAGGACCAAAAACUUGUCUUAUUUAGAAAAAAAAAAACCAAAAAGGGACUGCCCAGACACUACAGACAUUCACAAAUCCUCAUCUUUUGGAAAAUUAUGAUCAGAUUUAGAAGAAAAGGGCUUGGUUUUCCACUCCCAAUUCUUCAUACCAAGGGGUAGUUUUCAAACGAACAUGUUAAAUACUUUUCAAAAACAAAAUUUAAGCUACUUCCUCUUUGGCCCACCCCUUAAAAACUAUGAAAACCCCCUUUGCACUGAGAAAGAACCUCAGGUCAGUGGGGAUAAAAAAAGAACAUGCUGUCUCUUUAAAAAGAAAGAAAGAAUCCCAGUUGGGAGCGGCCAUCAGUGAAAAUGCGAUCCAAAUUGGCGGUCUGGUGGAAAUUCCUCACGGAAUAUUAUGUACAGUUUAAAAACCCUUUGUAGUUGGUUUUUCUUUUAUUAUUAUUUAUGAACACCUAGGCAGUGAAAACUGUUAUGUUAAUACAUACAUAGACACACCCAAAACAUACAAAAAUACUAUUAUUUCAAACUACUAAGAAUAGGACAAGUUCAGUUAUCUCCAUGCUAUGACUUUAAGAGCAUUACACUGAAACAAACAAGAAUUUAAACGACAAUUUUUUAAUAUCCCAGAAAUAUACCAAAAUAUACAUCUAAGCUUUGGAAUUACUGAGGUUAGACUAAUGCAAGUGCUGGGUAAUCGUACUUAAUACACAAGUCUAAGGUUCUGCAGGAAAGAAAUUAUCUUUGGUAUCUGCAUCAGGCUAAUAAUAUUAACAUUUGGAUUUUGCUUUGGGAUAGAGCUUGUCUGACCCUAGAACCAAACACCCCCCAAUCAACUGAGAUUAAAAAGAUCCAUGUAAAAAGUUCCUCCAUUUGCAAUCCCCCCCCAAAAGUUAAAAAGUCACAGGCAUCUACCUAGCAUAAAAGGUUGAGAAAUACAAUGCAUAGUUGCACAGUGGUGCUGCAAAAGUAAAAGAAAUCUAGAAAAAAGGAACUAGAGGAGAAAUGAAAAGCUGCUUCUUCUUCUUUCAGGGAUUUCUCACGACAGGACAGCCUCUUCCAAGCAGUGAAGGGGGGGGAAGCUCAGAAGUGCACCUCAGCGUGUAUUAAUCAACAUCACCCAGCCCCCAGAGGGUUAAAGCACCCAGCAGAGCAGCCAAUCCUGCACCCAAGUCUUCAGCUCCUCAACCCACCUGCGAAGCCCCGGCCUCCCCUCCCAGCGCCUGCGCCCCAGAUCUCACCCUGGAGCCGGGAGUUGCUGCCCAGGCCAGGCCGGCCUCACAGGUGGGCUUGGUGUUGAAGACGCCCUUUGUCUUUGGUUUGUUUGUUUGUUUUGAGUUUAUACAAUCAUUAGGAAAUCUUUGGUUUUGGCUGGAAAUUUUAAAAGAACAAAACAAAACAAAGAAACCGCCCCCUCCCGACUUAUAGCAGCCACCGUGACCUGACAAAGCUUCUCUUUCCCAUGGGGGUAGGGGAACUACAUUCAAAUAAAGAUGGACCGGGUUAAGGAUGCAGCUUCUGGCCAGGUUGGGGAGUGGGGAAGGGAUACAGGAUUGUCAAAUAAUAAAGAAGAAAAUUAAGUAUUUGGAGAUUUCUAUUUUUUUUCCUUUUUUUUUUUUUUUUUUUUUCCUUUUUUGGUCAUGUUAAAAAGUGAGUAGCACGUACACAGCACUGGGCUUGAGAGAGCCUCCAGGCCCUGGAGCUCAGCAUGGCUCUGGGGUGGGAAAAGGCAGCGUGGGUGGCCCUUUUCCAUGGAGAAUGGAGGGGAGGGAGUGGAUAUUCACAGACUAAUCAAGAGGACCCCUUGUAACCAAAGGAAAUAAGAUAAGAUUGCAAUUUGCCCUCACUUUGCAGUAGCUUUUAAGCAGCGACAUUCAGAGGCGUUAGGGGGUCACUCCCCAGGUUGCAGGUCACGGGGUGCUAUAGGCCAGAGUUCAGUGUUAAUCAAAGGAGGGAGGGCAGACUUGGCAACUCUGUGGGGUUUGGAGAAAGUUAAAGCAAGUUACUCAGUUACGAGUUAGAAAUGAGGUAUACGACAGCUCCUGUACCUGUGGCGGAUAACCACCCCACACCUACUCACACCUAGCCUUAGAUACUACCACAGAGGAAGGAAAUGGAACAACGGCACUGGCGGGGAUGGAGGGGCUCCUGCCGGGCCCUCCGCACGGAGCACACGGGGCACACGGGGCCGGUGCUGCUCCAGCCCUCUGGGAGCCACCCCGGCAGUGCCUUCCCUUCCCCGCGCCGCAGGGAACUCGCGGGGAGUGGCCCUGAGCUCCGAGCCUUUCUCUUUGCUUUUUCCCCUCGGAGCACCAGGGUCACGGAGGCCGACACGUGGAGAGUGAAUGGGGGAAGAACUAACGGGUUUGUCUCAACUGCCUUGUUCUCAGGACACUGUCACGGGUGCUCUUGUUCCUAAAGCGUUUCUCAAGGGUGUUGUGCGAUCUCCACGAGUUGCCCCUUGGCAUGCCAUUCCCUAAGGUCUUGGGAUUCCUACUGUGAAAUAAUUUCAGGGUUUUAUAGCACCGCAACGUGCCGGCUUGGAACGCACACGAAGUUAUGACAUUCAGGGAACAGGGCUUCUGUGGCUGCUGCCACAGAGUCCAGCAAAGGCAGUGUGAAUCCUGAAGUGGGGCCUACAACAGACAAGACAAUUUUGGGAGGGAAGGGGAAGCUAACAUGAUAAAUUAAGUAUCUUACGGUAUUAUAUAAAGCUCCGCCGGAGAAUAUUCCCCAGCAGACCGACACAGUUUUAAGACAGAUCAGCGUUUUGGUCUGAGCUACUUGACAAUGUCCUGUUUGGUAGAGAGAUGAAAUAAGGCAGAGGGGGUAUGUUCCAGUUCUGGGGCUGAGCCUCAGCAGCACUCAGGAACGCCAAAGGGUAUCGUCUUCCCUCGCCUCCCACAAGCUGUUUCAUUUCCUUCCUCAGAUUUGUUUUCCAUAAAGCACACCUUGUUUUCCACUUCUUUUGUUCCAAGUGCUCUUUUCUUUGAGAAGUCAUUUCUUCAAUAUCCCUAUUACCUAUCUAUAAAUCUAACUAGCUCUUUGAAAAGUCACACAAUAUUAAUACCACUUUUACAUAAUGUCAGAACAACAAUUCUAUUAGUAAAGCUUUCAGUGAAGUUCUGCAACCCGAUUGGUGUCCGGAGGAAGAAUAGCUGGACAUCCCGGUCUCCCCAUUCCUCCCUCCCUUUCUUCACAAGAGCUCACCAAGUUCACUGAUAAAACAGCUCAGCCCAAUAGCACGAUACAUGAACAUGUACAAGGCUACUUUGGGGAGCAAAGAAAGGAGUCUUCAAGGUCCCUCCCUUGAGAGAACGACCAUAUGCAAAAGCUGUUGAACAGACUCUGACCUUGGACUACACUGCUUCCACAUUUGAAGGAAAGAAACAGUUUUCCCUGACUGUAUCCCAACAUCAGCCUAAGACCCGCAGCACUGGGCAAACCCCAGACACCGUUUGUCUUCACAGAGCCAAAGCAACUCCAUGCAGAAAAGGUGGGAGUACCCGCAAGAGAUGAGGUCCUCAGAGGAAGGGACACUGACCCAAAGCUCAAAAAACCCCCACCCAGCUUUUCCUCUUACCCGCUCUGAGAACAGCAGAGCUGACAACUUAUCAGUGCCUUUGGUUCCCUACGAGGCCACCGGGAAUUCUGCUCCCCAGUGGAGUCGAGCUCCUUUAGAAACCCAGCUCUCGCUCACCGCGCGCAGCCGGGGCCGGCCGGCGCUCACACGCACUCGCACGCACACCCACCCACGCACACCCUGCCCUCUUCCCCGCUCCAGCAGCCUCGGGGAAACGGGAUGGGAGCCUCAGAGCCCACUCGGAGCUGGCUGCAGCACCCUCCCAAGGCAAGAACCACUCGCUCUUCUGCUACUCCCACCACUACACCGAGACCUCGGCCAGGGGAACGACCUGGUCCCUCACCAACGUCACCUCAAAGCUCCUCUCCCACAACCGUCUCACAGUAUUUCAACCCUUUCAGGCAGACCAGCCAGGCGUUAGGAGUAGGUUAGCUUUCACCUCUCUCAGUUUGGUUUUUUCUUUCAUAGUUUUUGGUCUAGACAGGAUUAGCAUUGCUAUUAGAAAAGGAAGUGUUUAAAAAGUUUUCCACCUAUUAUCAAGCACUACAAGCCCUACAUUCAGUAACAAGACAAGGGGGAUAAAAGGAACCUGUUUCACUUUUGCUCUCCCAGAUAGAUUAAGAUGCGACAACCAUUCUUGUCCCUCCCUGGAGUUAAACACAGCAGACCCAGUUCAGCUCUGGAGCAACUCAACUCAGCUGAAACGGAUUUACAGCCCCGAGGUCGAUCCCAGCCCAGAACAGCCAUCUCUCCCCCGAGCCUCCCCGAUAUUUGUUGCCUCAUCUCCAGAUCCCAGCGAGGGGCAAGGAAAGGCCAAGAGGGAGGGAAGUGUGCGCACACUCGAGAGGACCCUGAACAGCAACCCCAUCAGUAACCUGCAUGCCACCACGUGCUGUGCUGCAGAUUAGACCACAGAUAAACCAACCAAACAACAAUCCCGAACCCAGGAGCGACAAAAUGUUUCCUUUGGCAAGACAGAUACAAGGAAAAAAAUUUAUGAGCAAACAUUUUCCUUCUAACACAGUCAAACCCCCUUCUCUCCCCCCAACAUCCACCCACCCCCACCCGACCCUAUAAAGUUGUAACCUAUAAACAGGAUCUCAAAUACAUACAGCAUAAUCAUGUUUAUCAAUCAUAAUAAACCAUCAGUUCAACUAAACUCUACAGCUAGAAUUAUCUCCACUAUUUAUAAAGUUUGCUUUUCUCUUCUGAUUUUUUCAGUUUAAAACCAGUUCUGCGACAAUGCUAAGCUAUGCUGAGGUAUUUUAUGAAGGUGCCAGAAGCCAGCUGCUACCCACAAGUAUUGUUCUCAGAGCUGUAUGGUGCUACCUUUCGCUCGGGGAAGAUGGGGAAGGAGCGAGGAGGGAAAGAGGCAAAGGCAGAGGGAUGGAGACAGGGAGGGAGAAAGGGGGCCCAGAUUAUUCCAGUUAUGGACGGUUCUUAGCAGGGCAUCACUGAUGGACCUAAGACAGCCCCAAGACAAAGCUCAGUAGGUGCUUCAUGUUUAGGAAUUUGGUCAGAAAAGAAGUACCUGAUACGUUCUACAUGCCAACCUUAUUUGUCUACUCGAGUAAAAGAUGUCUUUUCUCCCACAGUUAAACUGUUUGUAAUUUCAGUGCAAUCUCCCUAACGCUCUCCAAAAAGCGUCCCAACAGGGGUAAAAAUUCAGAGCAUGUCCCCACUUGGAGAAACCUGGGAGAAGUGGCAGACAGAUCAAAUGCAGAUAGAUCAGCUGAAAAAAUCAAGGUUUUUUCCAUGCAUUACUGUGUCCAUUUGUGAAGAUACGCAAAUAGAGGAAUUGCUUUUCAUUGUUCCAAAAGCACUGAAACUACUUGCACUGACACAGCUGGAACCAGGUACCACUCACACCGUGGAGACAAAGAUAUGAGCAUCUUAAGAAACUGUGAGCCAACAACUCUUUGACAAAAUCUCCCCUGUCAAGUAUCUUUAAAGUAUUUUAGGGGAUCUCCUCUGGAAAGAAGAGAGAAACUCACAAGCAGCUACAAGAGAUUCAGUGAAUGAGAAGGGCAGAACUUGUGCAAGGUAGGUAUCUUGAAUUCUAUAUUGCUAUAGUACUUUGGGAGGGAGAGGGCAUAUGUACAGCUUGCAAAAAUAGAAAGGGAUUUGAGUUGGCUGUGCGAGAGCUGACAACCAUAAGAUGCAGUGGGGGGUAGCAGGCCAGCUUAUUCCUUUGGUAAUACUCCACCCUAGGCAAUAUCCAACAGGGACAGACAGACCCUGCUGGGGUACAGGGUGUGGAGAAACAGCAGUUAACCUCUUCAGGCAGAACAGGAACAGGGAAUAGUGACUCUUCAUAAAGUUAAUGUGGCAGUAAAAACAUCUAUGUUUUAAACUUCCAGUUUAAAACCAAGUAUCAUUGAAAAUUUGGACCAUGCAUUAUUUUAUCCAUCCUAAAACACCUGUCUCUAAGAUCCUUUUGUAUCUUUAUAUAUUUCUUUAUCUAAGAAAAUAGGAAUUGAUAUUUAAGGUAAAUUAGAUGUUGCUUUGGUUUAGUAUCUGUGGUAUGGCUCCAGCUGUAAUGGUUGUGCUGCUCUAUUUGCAACAACAACAAAAAAAGAGGGAAUUCCUGUUUUAAGGAAUUUUGCUUCAUAAGAGUGUGCAGAGAGUUAAGGAAUUAACUCCCCUGUGUCCUUCACUAACUCAACUGCAGAAAUGUGUCAAAGCACCCCGUGUUGAGGCUUACAGAGGUGGCAAGUGAACAGUGGGUCAUAGGUUCAAGAGAUGUCUACAUCCACAGUACCCCCACAGUGAAUGAUAAAAAUGUACUUCAACUAACACAUUGUACAGUAACUCAGAAACAAAAUAAAUGCUCUGUAGGAAAUGUAAGCAGAUGUUACGAUUGUAAGCAGCCACACCCAUGUGUACUUUCUUUGGGCUGUUGGUGAAUCCUUCCACAGUGACUGUCGAGACCAAGUGUGCUAAAGUCAAAAUGUGCUAAAGCAAAACAGGUUUUUCUUAAGAUCAGAAAAAAAUGUCAUCAACAAGCUACAAGAGCAACACCUGAAGCCGUUCUCUAAAUUAUUUUUGAUCUUUUGGGCAUAUCUGUGUUUGUGUCCCUGGAAAUCUCUUGCUUUUUGAGCUAUCCCUGUCUGCAGGGAGAGUUUUUCACCUUCUCUUUUCUUGCCUGGGUACUGUGACAUGCUUGCAACUAUGAAAAGCAACCCUCUCACCUUUAAAUACAGAGACAUGGAACUCUGAAAAAGAGAUGCUAUUAUCCUUUUCCAACACACCAUCAAACUCCUUGUGAUCAUAUUUACUGGGUCUGUACACAACUGUUAUUUCUUUUCAGAUGCAUCAAUUUCUGCUGCCAGCAUGAUGAUGAUUUAAAAAGGAAACUUCUCCUAAAUUCUGGUACGUGAUCUCCCAUUCUUUCAUUCUGUGAAGGAGCACAUGUGCUCUAACUUGGCAGACGUACACCCACUGCCAGUCUGAUUUCUGUGUUUCACCUAAACACUGGAGGUAGCCAGCAUCCAUGAGGAAAAACACCCAUAGGGAUGAAAAGUAGGCUUCAGGAACAACAGUCAGUCAGUCACAGGGAUGUUUUAGGGGACAAUGAAUCAGAGCACACUGGCAAUGGAUGCCACGGGAUAUGUGCUGUUUGGGUAUUAUGUCAGCUUCUGCAAACAAAACCAAGGGGUUUUGGAUAUGUGGCUACUCUGAGUUUCCAGUUUCUCUCAGGAAAAGACUCGCUAAGAAAUUCCCUGGAAUCUGGGCCCCAGACAGGGUGAUGGGGUAGAGAAGAGGAGGGUAAAGGGGUAUAAGGUGCUCACACCAAAGCCAUGUGACCAAUGCAAAGGUAGUCAGGAAAAAAAGCAGAUUUUUAUAAUAAAUAAACCAUCCAAGCUGCAUUAGUGUUCCAGAUAUGUACUCAACAAGACCCUCUCCCAACCACAAACCAGCAAGAAUGGGACAUGAAAACUCAUUCAGACAGCUAAUGGCACAGUCUCCUGGAACUGUGGAGAGAGGAUUUUCCACUGAUUUAAGGCCCACCUUUCUUUGUGUUUCCUAGAUAUCUGCAAGGACCCCCCACCCCACCACAAAACCCCUGGGGGGAGGGGAUCCAUCGGAGACAAGCCCGGUGGCCUCCCCUCCUCCAACAAAAAAAGCUUCCUGAUAAAUUGUACUUUUGCACUGGCGUGAAAGUAAGCAGGGACUUUCAGAGUCAGGAACAAACGCUACAGCUGCGGUUUUCCCCAUCCUCUUACUUCACUCAAAACAAGUCCAAGGACUUGCAUUCCUUUGGUAGAAACUACAGACCGUGCUGCGGCCUCCAGACCGGCACAGUGGGUAUCAGCAUCUUCUCUUCCACUUCUUCCCUACCUCCCUGAAGCUCACCCAGCUGUACCUGUUGCUGCUCUGGAGCUUUUGCUGUGGGCCAUUGCCAUUUUUGCAGUAUUAUUCAUAGCCCUAAAAGUCUCCUGCACAGCCCGAAGAUACAGAGACACAUCAAAAAUACUGAGAUUCAUCCAUACUGGGGGGAUAAAGGUGGGACCUCUCGGAUUAACAAUCCUCUGACACUGCCAUUCUAUUUACACAUCAAAUAAAAGAAAACAAAUCAAAAUCAAGUUAAGAGUCUGCCCCAAGGAUAACACAAAUUACCAACCAACCAACCAAAAAAAAAGAUUAAAAAACAAGCAGCAACUUUUAUAUAAAAUUAAUAAAAACAAAAGACAAAUGAAAAAGAAAUUGUCAGUAGCAUCUAUCGCCUCUCUGCAUCUGAACUGCACUUACACAAACUAGUCCAUUAGUACAGCAGCUUGCUAGAAAUUGACUUUGGUUCAAGCUUAGUUUUAAAAAAAUAAAACAUAAAAAAAUCAAAAACACAUAAGAAACGGUGGACGGACAUUUGUUAGUUUCCCUGCUUGCAGUUCACUAGUUUUGAAGUUUCAGGGGUAAUUGGUUUAAAUAUCAGUAAAACAGGAAGGUGGAGAGUUAGAGAUGAACAGAGCAAAACCAUGGUGGUGGGGGGAGAGAUAAGGGGUUCUGCCACUUGAGUGCAAACACAAAUUCCCACAUGCUCAGGCCACAAACCAAAGCAUGUGUAGAGCUUAAAGUUGCUGCCUUCCGGAUCUUGGAUGAGAAGCUCCAGGAUCCCCCUGAAUCAUCAACAAAAUGAACAUAGCUGCAUUAACUCAUUAUUUUAGGACACUCCGGUGACAAAAGAAAACGGGGUGGGUGGGAAAGGGACUCUUCUAAUACCCUCACUAGCUAAAAGUAAUUUAGUUUUAUACACAUGGCAGAAACCUUUAAAUCCAUCAGGAAUGGAAAGUUCAACGUGAACUGCAUUGCAGUGAUCCAGUCUUCUCUCUUUAAAAAUCUUUUUUUUUUUUUUUUUGGUUCGGAUACUAGCUUGUAUAUUUAAGAAUAUACGGAUCUAACUUCUGUACAGUU